AAUUAUUAUUUUUUUUGAUUUUUGCUCAAUUGGAUCACUUAACCUCUUCAAGUUUGAAGCGUAAACGUAAAAUUUUCCAACUAAAUGUAACUGACACUUCAAUAGAUAAUGGAUUUAUCCAAUACAAACACAGUUACGAUAAAACCGUUCAAUAUGCGAUAUGUAUCGUUGGAAAAUUUUCCACCUAAUGAUCGAAAAUGUUCGAGUCGAGUUGCAGCAAUCAAUCGAUUCCGUGAAGAAUAUCCAAUAAACUGUCCUUUUAAAUCAAUCAAUUUGUUGCGGCAAUUGCUACAGACAAAAAUCAAUCAAGAGAUCGGAGACAUCCUACAAAAAUAUCGUCAAACAUUCCUGGAACCAGUAUUCAAUAAUGUUCGUCAAAAUCUGCGUAAUAAUGAAUUGGCCAACGAUUUAAACAUAAAUGCUUUCAUGCAUCAAGUGUUGGAUGAAGCUAAAAAAAUGUUUCCACUUGAUGAUAAUGAUAAAAUGUUGGUCAAGCUACGUCAACAGGAACAAGACAAUGAUUGUGACAAAGAGCGACAACCUAAUAGUAAUCAUUCCAAUAAUCAACAAAUAUCGACUGCAUCAAAUUCUAGCGGACGACCACGUGGCCGACCUAAACUUAAUCGUACUGUUUUGAAGACAAAAGCAAAACGAAAACGUAAAACAUUUAUUAUGUCAAGCAAUGCUACCCAAAACUUGGUGAUAGCUAACAAUGAUGAUAUGGCAGCAACAACAAACUCUUCAGCUAAUUCCAUAUUGAAAAAUGCGAACAAAAAUAAAUUGAUCGAUGAUAAUGAAAGCAAAUGGGAUCCAUCCCGAUUAUCAACUAAAACAUUGUUUGUGUUAGGCUCAAAGGCAAAUAAAGCAUUAGGAUUUGGUGCAGCUAGAGGUCGAUUAUAUUCAAAACAUUCAAAUCUAUUUCGUUAUAUCGGUGAUCACGAGGACAAAGAAUGGUUGCAUAAAAAUCAAUUGAUGCCCACUACUGGUGGCAAAGCAUAUCUACUAGUCAGAGAUGAUAUAAUCGAGUUAUUGAACUCAGAUGAAUAUCGUGAAACACCCGGUGUUGAUGUUGAUGAAAUGGGCGAAGGUUUCACUGUACCACAAUCAAUGAUUGAUAAGAUAUCUACUAGUAUGAUACGAAUGACAAAUAUUUCGAUCAAACAAUCAUAUAAAUCGGCUAUGAAUGAUCAAAGAAUUAAAGUUCAUCCUGAAUCAAUGGUUAUCAAUCGAUCGGAAAUCGAUACAUACGAUGAAACUGGCCAUUUAUUUGACAAUGAUGACAACGGCGAUGAUGAUGAUGAUAACUUUGAUUACGAGAAUGAUGAUGAACAGGAUAAGGACUUUACAAUCGAUUAAAACAAAAUGGCAUUGGUUAUUUCAAUUUUAUUUAAUUUUUUUUUUAAAUUUUCUCCUAUAGUAUUAUUAAUGUGACAAAUCAUGUGUAAUAAUUAUUUCAUGUAAUAUAUUAGAUAAUAUUUUUAAAGACAAACAAUAAUAAGAAACAAAAAAAAAAUG